AGUGACGAAAGGGCUAAUGCGUAUUCACAAUCUCUGGAUCUAGGGUUCCUCUUCUCGCAAUUAGAACUUGAAAAAGCCACAAAAAAUACCUAAUUUCACCCAAUCAACAACAGAUUCAUCGGAGAAGACGAAGAAUUAGGGUUUUUCUUUUCAAUCAUCGGUACUUACAGAUCUAAACAUUUGAGGGACAAAAAAAUUCUUAAAAUAUCAAAAAUCAAACACUAAAAUUUCCAUCCUUUUCUCACAACCCACAAAUCAAAUCGUUUCCUUUCUCUUGUUUUCCGCUAAAGAACAAGUCAAAUCAGAUCCAAUUGAUGAAACUUAGUGUGGACUUGUCGUCAAUCAAUCAAGCCAAGGGACAAACCAAACACGAAAAGUAAAGAUUUUUACGAAACCAAUUUGAGUUUUUGAGACAAGAGACAUCCUUUUGAUCUGUAAAUUUGGGAAGCUAUGUAUAAUAGUAAUAGUGUACAAGUGUAUCAUGAAGAUGUGAGAGUUGGGGAAAUGGAGAUUUACCCUCCUCCAAGGGAACCAGACGAUGAUGUACAGAGGAAGAAGAAACAGAGGGAAGUGAUGGAGCAAGUCAAGAUUGGAAUCAGAAUUGGCCGUUUCUCUCAGCCUAGCGAGAGAUGCCCUCCUCUUUCAGUGCUCACCACGGUUUCGUCUUGUGGCCUUUGUUUCAAGUUGGAAGCUCCAGCUUCUUCAACUGCUCAGGAGCCUCUCACUCUCCUCCACUCGUCCUGUCUCACGGACAACAAGACUGCAGUAAUGUCACUGGGUGAGGAAGAGCUUCAUUUGGUUGCCAUGUACUCUGAAAACAUCAACAACGACCGUCCUUGUUUCUGGGCAUUUACUGUCGCCUCUGGGAUUUAUGACUCCUGCCUUGUGAUGCUGAAUCUUAGAUGUCUGGGUAUUGUCUUUGAUCUCGAUGAAACCCUUGUUGUGGCGAACACUACGCGGACGUUUGACGAUAAGAUUGAGGCGUUGCAGCGGAGGAUAAACAACGAGAUGGACCCGCAGCGUAUUGCAGUUAUGGUGGCUGAGAUGAAGCGCUAUCAAGAUGACAAAGUUCUGUUGAAGCAGUAUGUUGAAAGUGACCAGGUUGUUGACAACGGGGAGGUGAUUAAGGUGCAGUCUGAAAUUGUUCCUGCCUUGUCUGACAACCAUCAGCCUCUUGUUCGGCCCCUGAUAAGGCUGCCUGAGAAAAAUAUCAUCCUGACUCGUAUUAAUCCCACGGUACGUGAUACAAGUGUUCUUGUGAGGAUGAGGCCUUCGUGGGAGGAACUUCGUAGCUACUUGACAGCAAAAGGGCGGAAGCGUUUUGAAGUAUACGUUUGCACAAUGGCUGAGAGAGAUUACGCUUUGGAGAUGUGGAGGCUCCUUGAUCCAGAAGGGAAUUUGAUAAACGCAAAUGACUUGCUGUCUCGCAUUGUUUGUGUGAAAGCUGGUUUUAAAAAAUCAUUGUUCAAUGUGUUCCUCGAUGCAACUUGCCAUCCGAAGAUGGCUCUGGUGAUUGAUGAUCGACUGAAAGUUUGGGAUGAGAAGGAUCAGCCGAGAGUGUAUGUGGUCCCUGCUUUUGCUCCCUACUAUUCUCCUCAAGCCGAAGCAGCUGCAACACCAGUACUGUGUGUUACCAGAAAUGUUGCUUGCGGUGUCAGAGGUGGAUUUUUCAGGGAUUUCGAUGAUAGUCUGCUACAAAGGAUUGCUCAAAUAUCUUACGAGAAUGAUGUUGAGGAUAUUCCUUCUCCGCCUGAUGUCAGCCACUACUUGGUGUCAGAGGACGACUCCUCGGGUUUAAAUGGGAACAAAGAUCCACUUGCUUUUGACGGGAUGGCUGAUGCUGAAGUGGAGAGAAGAAUGAAGGAGGCAAUUUCUGGAUCUUCAGUUGUCCUUCCAGCGGAAAAUAUAGAUCCAAGGAUAGCUGCUCCGGUUCAGUACCCCAUGGCUUCUGCUCUUUCUGUUCCCGCUCCAGUUCCAGUACCAGUCGUCCAACAACCAUCAGCUAUGGCCUUUCCAAGUACUCAGUUUCAGCAGCCGACAUCAAUAGCUAAACACUUGGUUCCUUCAGAACCAAGCUUGCAGAGUUCUCCUGCUAGAGAAGAAGGUGAGGUACCUGAAUCAGAGUUAGAUCCAGAUACUAGGAGGAGGCUCCUCAUAUUGCAACAUGGACAAGAUACUAGAGAUGCUACUCCAAGUGAACCUCCGUUUCCUCAGAGACCUCCUGUUCAAGCUCCUCCAACUCCACAUGUGCAGCCAAGAAAUGGUUGGUUUCCUGUUGAGGAGGAGAUGGACCCAGCUCCACUUCGUCGAACAGCCUCCAAAGAAUAUCCGUUGGAUUCUGAAAGCUUGAACAGGCCACGCCAUCAGUCCUUUUAUCCUAAGAUUGAGAACUCAACUACUCAAUCUGACAGGAUGCCUCAUGAGAAUCGCAGGCUACCUAAGGAGCCGCUUCGGAGAGAUGAACAGUUACGGUCGAACAACAAUCCACCAGGCUCUCAUCCUUUCUAUGGGGAAGAGUCAUCUUGGAAUCAGUCUUCUUCAAGAAACAGUGAUAUUGACUUCAUACCUGGACGAAGUGUCUCAGCAACAGAGAACCCAGCUGAAGUUCUACAUCAGAUUGCUAUCAAAUGUGGAUCUAAGGUGGAUUACAAACCGGGUUUGGUUGCUAGUACAGAUUUACGGUUCUCUGUUGAGGCUUGGUUAUCUGGUGAAAAAAUUGGAGAAGGGAUUGGCAAAUCGAGACGAGAAGCCCUGCGCAAGGCUUCUGAAGUUUCUAUCCAGAACUUAGCUGAUAUAUAUUUGUCCCGUGCAAAUGGCGACCCAGGUUCGAGCCACAGGGAUGUUAGCCCUUUCGCUAAUGGCAAUAUGAAUAUGGGAAACGCAAACGCGCUUGAUAAACAGCCAUUUCCUAGAGAUGAGACAGCGAUGCCAGUUCCUUCUAGACCUACAGAUCCAAGAUUAGAAGGCUCCAUGAGGCACACUGGCUCCAUUACUGCGCUCAGGGAACUGUGUGCAUCGGAGGGCUGGGAGAUGUCUUUUCAAUCUCAGCGUCCACUUCAAUAUGACAUGGGACUCCACAGAGAUGAAUUGCAUGCUCAGGUUGAGAUAGAUGGGCGUGUUUUAGGGGAAGGAGUUGGAUCGACAUGGGACGAAGCUAGAAUGCAGGCUGCUGAGAGAGCACUGUAUAGUAUGAGAUCGAUGCCUCCUUUGCAUAGAAGACAAGGAUCUCCACGAUCGUUCGGAGGGAUGUCAAACAAGCGUCUAAAGCCAAACUUCCAACGGAUGCCAUCUUCAGGAAGAUAUUCUUAACGAAGAACACGUCAAGUAACAAAACACAUUCCUCAUCAGUUCCAUUGUCUCUUGCGAAAGCACUACCAGCUACCACGAACAAAUUCUUUGACGCGAUGAACCAGACACGGAGAGAGAGAGAGAGAGAGAGAUUCUGCUCUCGUCGUCUCUUGUUGUAACAUGUAUGGCAAAUCAAGAUUUUUGUGUAAUCUAUAUGAGAAACUGAGUGGAAGCAACAUCUUGGGGACACCGAGUACUACACAGAUAAGACAUAAGCAUGCACUUUUGGCUUCUUCUCAGACUGUAAGUUACUCCAUAGAAAACCAGUAAAGUUAGUUUGUUGUUUCUGUUCUACAACACUUCCUGUUUUCACUUUGACACUAAGAUGUUGAUGUUAUA